AAACAAAAAUAACAGCAAGUCAGCAACAACUACAACAACAACAACAACACAACCCCCACGGCUUCCUCUUACUAUCAAUCUCAAACUGUUCUACUUCUUGGAGUAUUUAUUUACUUCUUUGUAGAUCCGUGAAAACCCAUUUCCCAAUUUCUUUCAAAAUCCAUUUCUCGUGUUCCACGAAUUCCACCAUUUCUUUGAAAAUUUUCGGUGCUGACCUCUGAUUUAUCCAAUUUUCAUGGGUUCAUUGUCUCAUCAAAUGCUUCUUAUCUUUUUCCCCUUCUGUCUCUUCUGGGUUUUCGUCUUUCAUCGUCCUGAUAUAAAUUUGAUUUGAUUUUUUUUUGAUAUUCUGUGUACUUUAGGGUUUCUAGAAUUUAUUUCUUGGGGAUUACUUUUUGGUUUUUUAGAAAAAGAAGGAAAAUGAGGGUGGCUAAGUCUGAGGUAUGGCAACCGUGUAAGAAGAAGAGGUUUUGAUCGAGAGGAGGAGGAAGAUAACAGGAGUGUGGGAGAGGGAGAGGGAGAGGGAGAAUAUACUUAACAAGAAGGAAGAAAGAAAAAAAAGGAAUCGGUAGAGGAUGGCGUCUCGUGCGGCGGGAGGGAGCAGCAGGACCCGUGUGGGAAAGUACGAGCUGGGGAAGACGCUGGGGGAAGGAACGUUCGCCAAGGUCAAGUUUGCCAGGAAUAUAGAAACCGGAGAGAAUGUUGCCAUCAAGAUUCUUGAUAAAGAGAAAGUAUUGAAGCAUAAGAUGAUUGGACAGAUUAAACGUGAAAUUUCCACGAUGAAACUAAUUAGACACCCAAAUGUUAUCCGCUUGUAUGAGGUCAUGGCUAGCAAGUCAAAGAUAUACAUUGUUCUAGAAUUUGUGACUGGCGGUGAACUUUUCGACAAAAUUGCAAGCAGAGGGAGAUUGAAGGAAGAUGAAGCUAGAAAGUAUUUUCAGCAACUUAUUAAUGCUGUUGAUUACUGCCAUAGCAGAGGUGUUUACCAUAGAGACCUAAAGCCUGAGAACUUGCUGCUGGAUGCUAAUGGAGUUCUUAAAGUUUCUGAUUUUGGUUUGAGUGCUUUACCUCAGCAAGUUCGAGAUGAUGGGUUACUUCACACAACAUGUGGUACACCAAACUAUGUUGCUCCUGAGGUGAUCAACAAUAAAGGCUAUGAUGGAGCUAAGGCAGAUCUAUGGUCAUGCGGUGUGAUACUUUUCAUUUUAAUGGCUGGUUACUUGCCUUUUGAAGAUUCCAAUUUAAUGGCUUUAUAUAAAAAGAUAUUUAAGGCUGACUUCACUUGUCCUCCAUGGUUCUCCUCCAGUGCAAAGAAACUAAUCUUGAGAAUCCUGGAACCUAAUCCCUUAAAAAGAAUAACAAUUGCUGAGGUUAUUGAGAAUGAUUGGUUUAAGAAAGGAUAUAAGCCACCUAGUUUUGAGCAAGCAGAUGUUAGUCUUGCCGAUGUGGAUGGCAUCUUCAAUGAUUCAGGGGUCUCCCAUAACCUUGUCGUGGAGAAUCGAGAAGAUGGGCCUGUGGCACCGGUCACUAUGAAUGCAUUUGAACUCAUCUCUACAUCUCAGGGUCUCAACCUUGGUAGUUUGUUUGAGAAGCAAAUGGGACUUGUUAAAAGGGAAACUAGAUUUACAUCCAAAUUUCCUGUUAAUGAGAUCAUCUCAAAAAUUGAGGAAGCUGCAGUACCUUUGGGUUUCGACAUAAAGAAAAAUAACAGCAAGAUGAAGCUUCUUGGGGAGAAAACUGGACGCAAGGGUCAUUUAGCUAUUGCAACGGAGAUAUUUGAGGUGGCUCCUUCACUUUACAUGGUGGAACUUCGUAAGUCUGGGGGAGAUACACUGGAAUUUCACAAGUUCUACAAGAAUCUCACUGUUGGAUUAAAAGACAUUGUUUGGAAAUCAGCAGAGGAAGUAAAAGAGGAAGAAAGGAACGCUUCUGGUACAAGUGCCAGUGCAGGCGCCUCCAAAGUUUCUGCAUAACCUCAGUGAUCACCAAGAAACGAUAUCCUUCAAGAUAUGAGUCACUUGAAAAGAAUAUUUCACUUUUGAAAGUUUGCUUCUUGUAACUUCAAAUAUUAAGCACUCAGUAUAUGUUUUUGCCUGUGUUUCCCAUCUCUGGACAAUACCAUUCAAAAACUGGAAUCAGAUGCACCUUGUGAGGUAGUGAAUGUUGUACCAAUAAAUAAAAUUUGAGUUGUUAU